UUGGUUGCAUGAAAUCUGGCCAUGAAACGGUUGUACAUCGGUGGCCUUGGUCACAGAGUGUCUGAGAAGGACCUCAAAGACAGAUUUGGAAAAUUUGGGGAUGUGUCAGAUGUGGAAAUCAUUACGAGGAAAGAUGAGAAUGGAGCUCCUCUGAAAACAUUUGGCUACAUCAACAUAAACAUCACAGAUGCUGAAUAUAAAAGAUGUGUAGGCAUCUUAAAUAAAUCCACAUGGAAAGGUGGAACCUUGCUUAUUCAGUUGGCAAAAGAAAGCUUUCUACAUAAACUUGCUGAGGAACGACAGCAACUGGUUGAAAAGGCCAAGGCACCAAAGAUCAUCCCUCAGGAGAAAUUAGUGGAUUCGUUUAAAGUGGCCGGCAUUGAGAAUUUCCACAUGAAAGCUGCCGUUCCAGGAACUGAUAUUCCCGGCCAUAAGAAUUGGGUCGUGAGUAAAUUUGGGAGGGUACUUCCUGUCGUGAAUCUGAAGUGUAAAGGAAAGAACAAUGUUUUUAAGUAUGAUCCAUCCAAACACUGCCACAACAUCAAGAGACUGGAGACUGCGGAUGACAUCACAUCAGUGUCCAAGCUGACAUGGGAGAUUAAAGGUGGAGACGAUGAAAUCAGUAAGAAAAGGCGAGGAGAGUUUCCAAAGCAGAAACCGUGUCCCAAAAGAUCCAAAAUAGACUUGAGUUUGUUUCUUAGUAAUUUGGCUCAGAGAAAUGAAAUUAAUGCGGCUGCCACUGGAAACAAAAACAAAGUGGCGAUCCAACAAAAUGGACUCUCUGCUGUAAAGACAGGAAAACAAAAAUCUGUUUGUGUUUUCGACAACGACUCUGACUCUGAAGAUGAAAUCAGAAUGUUGGUUGCUCAAGAACAUUUGAGGAACCCUAAACAAACCUCCACAGAGGAUGACAACGACAACAACCUGGAGGUGGUGGGAGAUGAUUUUGUUGUCAAGUAUAAUGUUUUCUGGGGUGGAAUGGAACAAGAUGACGUGAAAACGUCCCUACUGACUUCAUCAAAAGACGAUGAGGAAUAUGAUUCUGCGGACACUGAUGAAAUACUCACUCGGAGAAAGACCCAAACACAAGUUGAAUCUGCACCUGUUACUCAAGAUUCCCCAACAGAAUCCAGUAAAAACAAGUCUUCAACUGAAUCUGAUGAUGGUAGUGAUGAGGCAUAUGAUGAUGAUGAUGAUGUUAGUGUAGAUUCCUCCAGAUCCUCUAGUAGUGACUCUUCUAGUGAAGAAUCAGAAAACAGCGAGGAAGAAGACAAUGCUAAAGUCCUCACUUCUAAAACAUCUUUAGCGACACAAUUGGCAAGAACCAUCCCAAAAACUGUAAGCUCUAAUAACUCAAUCAAACCCAAGCAGACGAAGACCUCCAGAUCCUCUAGUAGUGACUCUUCUAGUGAAGAAUCAGAAAGCAGCGAGGAAGAAGACAAUGCUAAAGUUCUCACUUCUAAAACGUCUUUAGCGACCCAAUUGGCAAGAACCAUCCCAAAAACUGUAAGCUCUAAUAACUCAAUCAAACCCAAGCAGACGAAGACCUCCAGAUCCUCCAGCAGUGACUCUUCUAGUGAGGAAUCGGAAACUAGUGAUGAUGAGAAGUCCAGAACUCAGACAAAAGAUUCUAAACCUGCCAAUUCGAAGAACGUUCAGGAGAAUGUUGUUUCACAUCAAACAGUUCUUCACUCAACUGUGAUAGAUGCUAAGAAACAACAGCAGGACAACAAGAAACGUCUUGCGGCCCUGGAGCAACGACAGAAAGAAACCGAGCAACAGAGGAAACUCAUUCAAGGUGCUCUUUCUAACGUGGACGCAGUGAAAGCGAACAAAAGCAAACACAUUGUGUUUGAUUCUGAUGAUGAUGAAGAAGAAGAUGAAACCACAAGCAGACCAGAACAACCACCAACAAUCUUGAAAAAAAGCCUCUUCGAGUAUGAUUCAGGAUCUAACGAAGAUCAACUAAUGUCCAUGUUGAAAGAAAAGAAAGAUAUCAAGCCAGGUGGCAGCAAGCUGUUUGACAGUGAAGAUGAGGACGAUGGUUCUGAGGACGAUCGUUUCCAGAUUAAGCCCCAGUUUGAGGGCAAAGCUGGACAGAAGCUCAUGAAGCUGCAGGCCAGAUUCGGAACCGAUUCAAGAUUCCAGGUCGAUUCUAGAUUUCUGGAAAGCGAUGAUGAGUUUGAAGAUCAAGAUGAAGCGGCUCCCGAAAAAGAUGCAGACAAGCAACUUCUUGAGGAGAAAAAGAAAAGUCUAGACAUCCUCCAAAGCAUUUUAAACACCAACAUACAACCACAAAACUCCAGAAAGGGCACGAUGUUCAAAGAUGUUUCGAGCCUGCAUUACGACCCGACACAAGAAGAACACGCUGCUUUUGAGGCCAAGACAGAGGAACCGAAGAAAGAGAGUAAAGCGGCGCGACGAAAGAAACGCAUAGAGGCUGAAAAACUCCCUGAAGUUUCUAAGGACGUUUACUUUGACAUCUCGGUGGAUUUGAAGGAGGUCUUUGGGACGUCUAAAGAAAACCAGGACGAGAAGGAAACGGUUUCAUGGGAUAAAGAGACAGAAGAUACUGAAGAUAUAAUGAAACACAUGGAGGUUUCCUUCACUUCUAAUGUGGAAGCAAAAGAAGAUGCUUCAGGUGGAUUCAAGUUCUCCUUCUUUGGUGAAGACACCGCUGCGGAGACGACCACCAAAACAGACGAGUACAAAAUAGAGACAGUAAAAGGAGCCAAGUUCUCUUGGCAAGCGGACCCUCGCUUCCAGGACAGCAGUUCAGACGAGGAAGGAGUGGACGAGGUUGAGGAGGACCAAUCCGCUUCCAGCAAAAUCACAGAGGAACCGACAUCAUCAAAAAAUACCUUUUUCUUUUUCUAUCAAAAUGAUGAGCGGUUAAAAGAGGGGCCAGGAAUGUUUUGUAGAAGUGUAAAACUUCAAGACCAGAGGGAAGCCUGGGAACAGAAGAGGACGUCGCUCAGAGAGGAGUGUCGCAAGAAACACAGAGAUGCCAAAAGACGCCAGAGGCCUUCCCUGAAGACCUAAACAAUUUCAAGUAUUCAAAGACAUUUUUUACUCCGAAGAUGACCAGUUUUCAGACAUUUUUGCCGAUUCUGUUUAAUAGAUGUAAUUUAUUAUUCAAAAUCACAGUAUCUAAUGCAUAUUCUCUUUUUUAUGAUUAAAAUGAUUUGAGAGAAUAAAAGCUGGUUUGUACCACUAGAGGGUGGUGUGAUAAUACUUUCAUGACUAUUACAGCUGGCUUUAGUGUUUGUUUUCAUUCCCCACUCACUUUCUCCAAACCACAGGAUCAGCCCACAAAGUUGUUUUCUAGAAAACCUACUCUGUGCUUUUUACGUGUUUGCACGUGCCACAUUAAAGAUCAUUUAGUACAUAUGUUUUGCACAGUAGAUCAUGCCAAUGCUAACUUUUUUUGUUA